AAUGCCCUAAACUGUAACGGGGUUUAGGGUUUGCGGCAAUGUUUCGAGCGGUAAGGAGCUCGGGCAAGGCUCUGCAAGCACUGCACGCCAAUGCAUCCCGUGGCAGCGCUUCGCACGCAGUGCCGCACGCUAGCGAUGGUGGAUUCGUGAUUUGUGCUCGAGGGUACUCUUUCUUCCCCGCGAUUGGACCCCAUCUCCCGCCGCCAAAGGAAGAGGGAGCUCCAGAGGGGGAGAACAAGGAAGAUGGAACUUCUCCAACGACGGACGAUUUCUAUGACCUUCCAAAAGGACCAACGCACAAGGAGAUGAUUGCUGCGCGGCGUCACUACCUCAAGCGUCAAGCUCGCCGUGGUUUACUUCCACCCUCGAGACCGAUCCGGAAGCCAUCUUUCUAAGCUCACAAAAGAGGAAAAUCCAGCCGUGAAGCGCGUAGUUUGUUUUUCUUAGUAGUGUUUCAAAGGCCUCGUUGCUCUGGCAGCCAGGAAACUAUUCACGUAACUUAUCAUCCAAUUUCCUGAGGUC